CUGCUCCUUGUUUGUGUUUUGUUUUUCCUGUCAGAGUACCANCUGGCUAAGCCGUCCGACUCCCACAGGAAGGAGAUGCUGUUCGGCAGUCUGGCCAAACCUGGACACCCUAUGGGCAAGUUCUGCUGGGGUAACGCUGAGACACUGAAGCAUGAGCCGAAGAAGAAAAAGAUCAACGUGUACAAGCGUCUGUUUGCCUUCUGGAAGGAGCACUACUCUGCCCACUACAUGACUCUGGCUGUUCAGUCAAAAGGUCGGAAAAAUCAAUCCCGUUUUUCAUUCAUAAAGGCGCAUUUAGUUAAGAGAAAUUAACUCGAUCCUCUAACU